CGAUUUGUAGACGUCUACCGGAUAUCAUAAUUGUACUGUCGCAAAGUGCGACUGUCGUGAAUACUGGCCGCCCGUUGAAGAUGGCGGCGGAGCUGCAUCCGCGGAGCGGAAAGCUUAUCGGCCUGUCCAACUCGAACCGAACCGCCCGGCGCAACCAGCCAGUCCAAGAGUUCAACCAUGGACUGGUACUUAGUAAGGAGCCGCUGAGGGACCGGGAUGUCUUCACCGUCCGCAUUGACAAGAAGGUGAACUCGUGGAGCGGCUCCAUUGAGAUUGGCGUGACUGCUCUGGACCCUGCUGCUCUGGACUUCCCCAGCAGUGCCACAGGCCUCAAAGGGGGCUCCUGGAUUGUGUCGGGCUGCUCGGUGCUGCGUGACGGCCGAUCGGUGCUGGAGGAGUAUGGCCGUGACCUUGACCAGCUAGUGGAGGGCGACCGCGUGGGCAUUCAGCGCAGCUCCCGUGGCGAGCUCCACCUCUGGGUUAACGGGCAGGACUGCGGCGCGGCCGCCAGUGGCCUGCCGCCCAAGCUGUGGGCAGUAGUGGACCUGUACGGCAAGUGCACUCAAGUGACAGUGGUGAGCUGUGAGCCACCGCCACCCUCUGCAGAGAGGGAGAGAGAGACAAUAGAGCAGGACAAGGAAGCUGCUGAUGAUGAUGAUGAGGAUGAGGAAGAGGAGGAGGAGGAGGAGGAGGAAGAGGUGUUGGUGUGUGUUGGUCGGGAAGAUACAGGGAUUACGGCACUGAUGAAUGUGGCAGCAAUGAAUGGAAUGAUCAAUGGAGAUGAAGUGCCUGAGCUCAGCUGCAGUCACAGCAGACCAGACAAGUUCCCCAACAAUCUGGAGCCUGACACAGUUCUGACAGAGCACCAGCUUUUCGAUGUCUUCAACAAUGCAAUAGUAUCUUUUUAUCGCUCUGAGGAUGAGGGUGGGGGGGAAGAUGGUGGCGGUGGAGGAGGAGUGGGAGGAGGCAGCAGCAGCGGUGGUGGAGGAGAAGGAGUGGGAAAUGCAGGAACUGAUUCCUCAGCCAGAAAUGGCAGAGGGAGCAGCAGCGCAGGAGGCACAGUGAACAGUGACAGUGGGACAGGUACAACAGGAGGAGGAGGAGGUGGUGGAGAAAGUGGAAAUACCAAUAAUAGUCCUGCUAGUAAUGGAGGGCUGGGGCCAGGAGCUCCGACAGGUGGGAUGACCACCAAUGACGCGCUGCUUUUUCACGAGAAGUGCGGCACACUGAUCAAACUGAGCAACAACAACAAGACGGCGGAGCGAAGAAGACCACUGGAUGAGUUCAAUAACGGCGUGGUGAUGACCAACCGGCCGCUCCGACACAACGAGAUGUUCGAGAUCCGAAUUGAUAAACUGGUCGAUAAGUGGUCAGGCUCUAUAGAGAUUGGUGUGACCACACAUAACCCCAACAACCUGGACUAUCCUGCAACUAUGACCAAUCUGCGCUCAGGUACAAUCAUGAUGAGUGGCUGUGGGAUACUGACCAACGGGAAAGGAACCCGCAGGGAAUACUGUGAAUUCAGCCUUGAUGAACUUCAGGAGGGCGAUCACAUAGGGUUGAUGCGAAAAGCCAGUGGAGCGCUUCAUUUCUACAUCAAUGGGAUCGACCAAGGUGUUGCUGCAGCCCAGACGCCCGGCGUGGUCUACGGCGUGGUCGACCUUUACGGCAUGGCCGUUAAAGUCACCAUAGUUCACAACCACAACCACAGCGACCGCCUCAGACGCAAUAACGCCAUCAUGAGGGCUCUAUCGCCGGAUGUGGGUCGACCUCGACCGGCUCUCACCCUCACCCCUGACCCAGAGGGUCUUGACCGCCUCCUCUUCCACCCAAACUGUGGCCAGAAGGCUGCUAUCAUCAGUGACGGCAGGACGGCGUUGCGGCCACAUGCGACUGAUGACUUCAACCAUGGUGUGGUCCUGAGCGGCCGGCCCCUGCGCUCCAACGAGGUGUUCCAGGUUCGCAUCGACAAAAUGGUGGACAAAUGGGCGGGCUCCAUCGAAAUCGGUGUCACAACGCACAACCCUGCAUACCUGCAGCUGCCCUCCACCAUGACUAACUUACGCUCAGGGACGUGGAUGAUGACGGGAAACGGCGUGAUGCACAAUGGAACAACAAUCCUGGACGAGUAUGGUCACAAUUUGGACCGACUCAAGGCAGGAGACACAGUAGGUGUGGUGAGGAAAGAAGAUGGCAGCCUUCACUUCUUUGUAAACGGUGUGCCUCAGGGUCCAGCAGCCUGGAAUGUCCCUCCCAGCGUCUACGCUGUGGUCGACCUCUAUGGGCAGGCCGCUCAGGCCACCAUCAUGGAUGACAUGGUGGACCUCCCUCCUCUCCCGGAGGACAGCUCAGAGGGACCCACGGCCAUGUCUCCUGGGAGCCCCUGCUCAGUAGGCGGGGCCACCACGACCAGCGACCUGCGCUUCCACCAGCUGCAUGGCACCAACGCUGUCAUCACCAACGGGGGGCGCACCGCCCUCCGUCAGAACUGUCGCAGCGAGUUCAACGAUGCCAUUGUCAUUUCCAACAGGUGCCUUCGAGAAGGAGAGCUGUUUGAAAUCGUCAUUCAGAAGAUGGUGGACCGCUGGUCGGGUUCAAUAGAAGCAGGAGUGACGGCCAUCAGACCAGAGGAGCUGGAGUUUCCAAACACGAUGACCGACAUCGACUACGACACUUGGAUGCUGAGUGGUACAGCUAUCAUGCAGGAUGGCAACACGAUGCGCAACAACUACGGCUGUGACCUGGACUCUCUGACCACAGGCUCAAGGAUAGGCAUGAUGCGCUCAGCCAGUGGCGACCUGCACUAUUACAUCAAUGGUGUGGACCAGGGCGUCGCCUGCUCAGGUCUCCCUCCAGAAGUGUUUGCAGUGGUCGACCUGUAUGGUCAGUGUGUCCAGGUGUCCAUCACCAGCUCCUCGGGUCCACUGGACAACAGCCUCUGUACUUGCAACAUCACGGAAAAGAGCUUCCCCAUCCACUCACCAGUAGCAGGCGUGGCUCAUCGGCUCCACGGUAAACACGGUAAGAACGUGGUGCUGCUCGGUGAAGACUGCCAGGCCGUCAGAGUCGGAGGUUACUCACAUGGCAUCGUGUUUAGUGCCAAGGAACUUAAAGCAGAUGAGUUGUUUGAGGUGAGGAUUGAUGAAGUGGACGAGCAGUGGAGCGGCUCGCUGCACAUCGGCGUGACCACUCUCGCACCGCCGGAGCUGCCGUCGUGCCCACUGUCGGGUCUCUCGCCCUCUCUGCCGCAUCUUCGCACCAAGGUCACCUGGCUGCUCUGUGGCUCCGAGGUGCGCCGCAAUGGCGUGCUGCAGCGCCAGAACUACGGCUGUUCACUGGACCGACUGACGGUUGGGAACCGUGUGGGUGUGAAGAGGUGCAGCGAUGACACCAUGCACAUCUUCAUUGACGGAGAAGACAUGGGACCUGCUGCUACUGCGGUGUCCAAGAAUGUGUACGCAGUGUUGGACCUGUACGGGCGUAUAACCGCUGUGUCCAUCGUCAGCUCUUCACUGAUGGAGGACAUGGAGAGCGUCAAGGAGCCGUCACUGACGUCAGAGAGCUGCAGUGAAGGAGAGGAGGACAACACUCCCGUGAGAGAGGUUGAGACAGAGCUGUGUGCACUGGUGCCCACCGUCAUGGCUUUUCUGGAAAACCACGGCAAAAAUAUCCAGCUGUCAAACCAGAACCUGACGGCAGCCAGGGUGUCGAGCUACAACCAGGGCCUGCUGGUCACCGCGGAGCCGCUCGCUCGCCAGCAGCUCUUCCAGUUUCAGAUCGACCGUCUAAAUCCGUUGUGGACGUCAUCGCUGUCGUUGGGAGUAAUAGGUCACUCCCCCGACCGGCUCAAUUUCCCCUCCACAGCGUGCUGUCUGAAACGCUCUGCCUGGCUGCUGCAGAGAGACUCUGUCUUCCACAACUCACUAAAGGUAUGUGUAUACACACACACACACUCAAAGGCACAAAAUCUUGUGUCACUGAAGUUUUUCCUCUCACAACUGUUCUGCUCUCCUGCUCAGAUUUGUGAGAACUAUGGUCCUAAUCUGGACACUUGUCCAGAGGGGACGGUGUUGGGUCUGCUGGUGGACGCCAACAGUUGUCUCCACCUCUUUGUCAAUGGCAUGGACCAGGGUGUGGCAGCACAGGACAUCCCCUCACCCUGUUACCCCUUCAUCGACCUCUACGGCCAGUGUGAACAGGUCACAAUAGUAACAAACAAUGUGCAAGCUGUGGGCGGAGACAGUGGUGAAACCCGUUGUCAGGGCGACAUGGAGAAGGCAGACAUGGUCGAUGGAAUCAAAGAGAGUGUGUGCUGGACGCCUCCUCCAGAAGUCAACCCCAACAAGACCUGUGAAUACCAGGCACUGUGCUCUCGCUUCAAAGACCUGCUCACGCUACCUGAUGGCUACUUCAGCGAAGACGCCAAGUACAACCUGUGCUACUGUGAGUCCUGCCACAAACUCCGAGGGGACGAGGCGUAUUACAAGAAGGGCGAGCCACCCCGGGACUACGCGCUGCCUUUUGGAUGGUGCCGUUUCGCCCUCAGGAUCAAACCUCACUGCGAGGUUUCUAAUGCACUGAAGAAGUGGCACAUCGCAUACCACGGCACAAGCGUAGGAGCUCUGCGACGCACGCUAGACCACAGUCAGCUGCUGCCCGGGAUGUCGUCCAUCUUCUCUGUGUCUCCGAUGAAGGCGGAGGGGCCAAACGGCUACAGUGAGCCAGAAGAGAACAGCGCCCCCGGCAGGGAGGUUCCCAGAGUGCGGCUCUCCCCCACCAUGCGCUACUCUGGCUUGGAGAUCUUUGCUCCCAAAGUGCAAUUUCAGGAUCCCCGCUCUCACCGCUGCCACCAGGCUCAGGUAGGGUUCCAAGUGUGCGUGCGUCCAGGCUCCUACAAGGUCGGACCCCAGACUCUCAGCCACAGCGAGCCACUGGACCCGCGCUUCAGCAACUCAGAGAUCGAGUGGAUCACGAAGGAGCAGGGCGGCACGCUCCUCUAUGGACUACUGGUCCGGGUGGAGUGAACGUAGUAGCAGCAGAAGCAGCGAGGGAGGCACUCGGGCGGGAGGUGAGGAACGUCCAUGUCCAUGUGACGCUCCUCUGACUUUUCAUAAAACUGACAACUAAAAAUCCAACCCCUGCCUUGAGCAAGAGACUCCUCUGGAAUCCAGCUGUUCCUGUUGUGGAUUGUUGACAAUUCAGCAUUAUUGAUUUUUUUUUUUGUUUAUUUUAUUGGUUUUUGGUUGUUUGCUUUCGGAUGCCUUCAGUGGUCGGGGGCUACGGUGGUUUAAAAGAAGAACAGACACUGCCUGCACUUUAUGUUUCGGACACUUGUGGGCGAUUUAAAAAAACACCUCAUCGACACAACAGGUUUGUUCUUUCCUUUUUUCUUUCACCCUCAAAAACAGCUAGUUUUUCCUUUUAUGUGUUUGGCACUUACUUCAUCGCUCUGGUCAGUGUUUGACUGUAGGAGCUGCCCCGCGCCAACCUGCACGUCAACAGACCGUCACCUCAAAAGAAAUGUGGGUUAAAAUAAUAAUUUAAAAAAAGAUAGACACCAAGACUGAACCCAAGAAUGUCUUUGUGAUUGAUUUUAAAACUGGAGGAAGGAAAAAAAUAAUAAUGUUUACACAUGUCCCACUGUACAUUACUGUCUUUGUGUGGCCACAUUUACAGUCUGCCUAAGUUAUUAUUAUCAGUCCUGUUAACAUUUCUUUUUUACAACCCAGCAUCAACUUCUUACUAAAGAACAAUCACGCUGGACAAAACUGGAACGUUUGACUUCUGUGAAAAACGAAGAAUUUUGAAAGAUAAUGAAUGGAAAUGAUAGCUUUUGUGCUCCCAAUAUAUUUAAGGGCAAAACAAAAAGUGAACUUUUGUAACGUUUUGGAAAAUAAGAGCUUGUGAAAAAGAGUAAACCACUCCCAGUGUGUGUGUAUGUGUAUUAAACAUGAAGCCACAACCAAUCAGAAAAGCUUUAGACACCGUGCUCUGCUAUUUUCUCGUGGUGAAAAGGUUUAAAGGUCCAGUGCGUAACUCUAAAGGAAGAAUAAUUGGCAGAAAUUGAACGACACUACUGAUAAUUGUAUAAUCAAAGUCUUUUGGUUUUUGUAGCAUUAGAAUAAGCCUUUUAUAUGAAUUUUAGGCCUUGUUUUAUGGGGCAGUCAUUUUGCGCUUCUACAACAGCCUGACGAGUUUUGCACAUUUUGAAGUGGGGGGAAAAACAAACUUUUCUGGUCUGUAAACGCCACUAUAGUUUCUUAAAGCACUUGGUAGGAGAAGUGGUGAGUCACUCUGCAGUCUCACCAGUAGAGGUCACUAAUUCUUACACACUGGACCUUUAAAGGACGUAAAGUUGACAAACCAACUGCAGUGUCUUCAUCUUUGAAGUCUUUUCACCUGUAAAACCAAAAAAAACAACAGUCUCACAUUUGUGUUGCUCAUCAAAAACGUUGAACUUCACAAGUUAAAAAAAAAACAAUCACCUGUACUGUUUUUAUGCAUGUUUUUGCACAAAUAAAAACAUGAUAUUGUUAGUUCAGUAAUAGACAUCUCCUGGCUGUAGCUUCAUGUUAGCUCACACACGCACGAGUGGUGCCACUUAAUUAACAAAAGGUCUCUUACUUCUAAAAAGGUGGUUAAGUGGACAGAAGCCAAAAAAAGAAAAAGGGUGUAUAGUGGUUUUCCCACGUCCCUCCCUCCCUCAUUAUCAUGUUUGUUUACACAGAGGAGCAUCAAUAUGUGAAGAGUCAAAGUCGCCUGAUAAACAUGACCUACACUGGUGUUUACACGUGAAUGUGAAACGAUGACAUCACCUUACAUCAUGGAUUUACAUUUACAAGUGUUUAUACGAGGAUUUCAUUGGAUCCUGAACAUCCACCUAGCAACUGAUUGUAUGUGAACAGCUUUCCAAAGCAUUCAGUUUCAUAGUUUUCAGUCUUGUUGCCAAUUUGUAACAAACACACCGCAGUACGUGAAACCCAGAUAUUGUGGUUUUGUUUGUUUGUUUUAAAGACAAAAAGUCACAGUUUUGACACGUCAAACUCUAGAACAGAAAAGCUCAGACACCUUCUACGAGCAGCUGCGAUCUGACCGACGGAAGAUAAACUGGGUUGUACGAAGAAAAAACUUCCUGUCAAAAAUGUGAAAAAUAUUAUUUUAUGGGUUAUUUACAGCCCAGUGCUGCUUUGUACAAUUUAAUUUGUAUCGUUUCCUCUUUUUUUUUUUUUUUUCCGUAUGUUACAUUGUACAGGCUGUUACAUAACAAAUCAUAUCGUGAUUUUUAAAAAAUGAAAAUAAACUGACAGACAGUAUGCACAGA